CAUGGAAUUAUAGAAAUAUAAUUAUAAAUAGUACAAGUAAAAGAAAAGUGAAAAUUAAUCAGUAGUUUAUCUAGUGUUUUUUAUCUUUCAAUGAGUCAUAUCGGGAUGUUCCGCGGCGACUGACAAGUCAACCCAACCUAAAAUGGCGACUGACGGGGAAGAAGUAAUAAGUGAUCAGGAAAAGGUGCGGAUUGUUUCCGAUUUUAUCCUACAUUCACCCCCCGGCGAGUUCAACGAGGUCUUCAACGAUGUACGAAAGUUAUUGAAUAAUGAUGACCUGCUGAAAGAAGGCGCGAGUAAGGCUUUCGCCCAAUACAACAAGGAACAGUUAACUCCGGUUAAAAUCGACAACGCCGACCACUUGGUGCUUAUUACCGAAUACAACGAUUUAGGGAAUAAUAGAUUCUUCGACCCACGCAGUAAGCAGUCUUUUAGAUACGACCAUUUGAGGAAAGAUGCCUCCGAUUACCAACCAUACACUCCAGACACAACCUCAGAACCUUGGAGAGCUGCUCUCGAUACAGAAUUUAUUGCAUACACCAGGGACCAUUAUAAGGAUGGAGUUUGCAGUGUAGUGGGACGCCAAUCUAACGGAGCAACUACACUUUACGCUUGUAUAGAAGAUCAUCAAUUCCAACCGAAGAAUUUUUGGAACGGUAGAUGGAGAUCACAAUGGACUGUAACUUUAAAUGGGACAAUGGCUGAAGUAAGAGGUAUAUUAAAAGUUCAGGUUCAUUAUUACGAAGAAGGUAAUGUACAGCUUGUAAGUUCCAAAGAGAUCAAAGAAUCAGUACCAAUGACUAGUGAGUCACAGAUGGCAAAAGAAAUUGUCGGGAUUAUAAAAGAAGCUGAGAAUACUUAUCAGACUGCUAUUUCUGAAAAUUAUCAAACCAUGUCAGAUACCACUUUUAAAGCAUUGAGGAGAUUACUACCUGUAACACGUACCAAAAUUGAUUGGAAUAAAAUGGUAUCUUAUAGUAUUGGAAAAGAGCUGAAGACGCAAUGAUGUGAGGAGUCUUAAAAUAAUAUUAAUAAUAAUAAUAUUGGGUUAUUCGAGCCUUCCUUGUUAUCGCUUAGAAGAGUUGUGUAAAUACGCCAAGGUCUUGUUAAGUUUAAACUUUGAAUGUAAAAUACGACCUACAGAAACAAUUUAUUUUCAGUAUUAUAUUAUAUGAGACAACUUUUAAAUGGUAAGCUUGUGUAAGAUCAACUAUUGAUUGAUUUGUAUAGCCUAACUUCAAAUUUCGUAUUUAGAUUAAGAUUAAAGAAAAGAAUGAAAUUAAUUAAUUCAAAAUGAAAACUAUUUUACAUUCAUUGGUUAAUUGGCAGUACAGGGAUAGAGAAAAAUAUUAGGUUUUCGUUAAGUAGAAUACCCCCUUUUUCUUACUUUUAAUUAUUUACAUUCUUUAAUGGAAUUUUGUAUAACUAUUAUUAAUUAAAGUCAAUUAAUAUAUUUGUAAUAUUUCCUAUAUCUAUCCCUGUUCAUGUGCAAUAAAAGGCACAAGGUAACAAUUUUUAUUUUGCUUAAUUUUUAUUUCUUUUUAGUUAUUGGCUUUUAUUUGUAUUCCUUUCCUAUCCUGUAAAAUAAACAAAAAAAUAAUUAAAUAAAAAAUCCUAAACUAUUAUUAA